UGGGUGGGAUUUGACUCUGCCAAGUUUGGUGCCUGACGGUCAGAAGAAAAGUAAUAAAGAAGAGGACAAUCAGACGUGGUUUCAUCCGAGACUCUUCAUAAAAGACUACAGAUGCUGAUAAACUGAUGAAGAUGAGCUGGAUCUGCUACGUGGCGGAGGAAACCACGAACACACACUAAACGAUCUUAAAUGACACGUCUUGCGAUUGGAGAAGUAUCGGGUACAGGCUUGCUGUGAAUUAUGGAUCAGUCCGUGGCAAUUCAAGAGACUUUAGCCAAAGGGGAAAACUGCAAAAUAGCUGUGGAGUGUGUUUCACUGCGGAAUGAUGUGAGAGAGAGCAAACUGAUCGGACUCGUGCAGCAGAGCAACGAACAUGCGUUAUUCCUAUACUCCCAUCGGAGAAUGGCCAUCACUGGCGAUGAUGUCACACUGGAUGAAAUCAUACCCAUUUCUUAUGACUUUUCAGUUGUUGAAGUUUCGUCUCCAGAUGAGCUUGCUGUUGUCGGUGCGGACACUCGAGUGCGAGUGACUUUCUUCGACGAGGAGUUGGUGCUGAAGUUACCUUUCGGAUCUCAGAGCCGGCUGUUCCUCGGAGAAGUCAAUCGGGCGUGGAGCGAUGUGUGUGAGCAACAUCCGAGGCAAGAGCCGAAGUUUGGCUGGCUUAGCAAGUAUCGUAAGGUGUCGAGAGGAGCGCGGCCUCUGAGAAAGCCAGCCGGAGCCUCCGACGGCAAGAUGAGUCGGAUAACUGGAAAAGCCGACGGCGUCGGACAGAAGAAAGAGGACGAGCGCAGUGUGUGUGAGAGCCAGGAGAGAGGGAAGGGCGAGCUGAGAGAUGAGCUGAUCCGAAACUCCCAGCACAUCUUGUUAAAUAAAGACCAGAUGCUCGGGAUGCCCCAGUUCGGCCUGCGGGAUAACCUCAUCAAAUGUGAGCUCCUGAAGAACGAGGACGCCUACACAUACAUCCAGAACUACAGCUUCUUCGUGGGAACGUACAAUGUGAACGGCCAGAAUCCGAAGGAAAGUCUCAGUCCAUGGCUGGCGUCCUCCAACACCCCUCCUGACUUCUACCUCGUGGGUUUCCAGGAGCUGGAUCUCAGUAAGGAGGCGUUUCUCUUCAAUGAUACUCCUAAAGAGCCCGAGUGGAUGCUAGCCGUCUACAAGAGCCUCCAUCCAGAUGCCAAGUAUGCUUUAGUGAAGGUCGUGCGUUUGGUGGGAAUCAUGCUGUUGUUCUACGUGAAGGCGGAGCAUGUGCCGCACAUCUCUGAGAUGGAGGCCGAGACCGUCGGCACAGGCGUCAUGGGGCGCAUGGGAAAUAAAGGUGCAGUAGCCAUCCGCUUCCAGUUUCACAACUCGGACAUCUGUGUGGUGAACUCCCACCUCGCCGCGCACACCGAAGAGUUCGAGCGACGGAACCAGGACUUUAAGGACAUUUGCCGCAGGAUUCAGUUCCGGCAGGAGGACCCCACACUGCCCCCCCUCACCAUCAUGAAACACAGUGUUGUGAUAUGGCUGGGAGAUCUAAACUAUCGCUUAAGUGACCUUGAAGUCGAUCAUGUGAAGGAGUUAAUAGCUAAAAAGGAGUUUGAGACCCUGUGUAAUCAUGACCAGCUGAAGCGGCAGAUGGAUGAGGAGGUUGUGUUUGUGGGAUUCACGGAGGGAGAGAUUGAUUUCCAACCCACAUACAAAUAUGACACCGGCUCAGAUCAGUGGGAUACAAGUGAGAAGUGUCGAGUUCCUGCGUGGUGUGACCGCAUCCUGUGGAGGGGGAAGGACAUUCAACAGCUUAAUUACCAGAGUCACAUGACCCUGAAGACCAGUGACCACAAACCCGUCAGCUCUCUGCUGGAGAUAGGGAUCAAGCUCGUGAACGACGAGUCCUACAAACGGACAUUCGAAGAGAUCGUGAGGCGCAUCGACCGACAGGAGAACGAUUGCAUUCCUUCAGUGACGCUGUCUGGGACAGAGUUCGACUUCAAGAACGUGAAGUUCAUGCAGCAUCAGGCUCAGACCGUGAGGGUCCACAACGACGGCCAGGUGCCGUGUCAGUUCGAGUUCAUUCAGAAGCUGGACGAGCCGUUCUACUGCAAACCCUGGCUAACAGCGAACCCGUGCAAAGGCUUCCUGGCCCAGGGUGGCAGUGUGGACAUUGACCUGGAGGUGUUUGUGAACCGCUCUACGGCCCCGGAGCUGAACUCAGGCCAGCAGCAGCUGGAGGAUAUCCUGGUCCUGCACCUGGAGAGGGGGAAAGAUUACUUCAUCUCCGUCACGGGCUCGUACCUGCCCAGCUGUUUCGGCUCGUCUCUCGCCACACUGUGUCUGCUGAGGGAACCCAUCCAGGAGAUGCCGCUCGAAACCGUCCGAGAGCUGAGUAUGAAGUCAAAAAGCCAGAUGCCUGACCCUGAGACGGAUAAACCUCAAGAAAUCCCCAAGGAAUUGUGGAUGAUGGUGGACCAUCUCUUCCGUUAUGCAAAAAAACAGGAAGACCUGUUUCAGCAGCCCGGCCUGCGCAGUGAGUUCGAGGAGAUUCGGGAUUGUUUGGACACGGGCAGCUUGGACACUCUCCCGGGCAGUAAUCACUCCGUGGCCGAAGCCCUGCUCCUGUUCCUCGACGCGCUUCCCGAACCCGUCCUUCCCUUCUCCUUCUACCGGCAGUGCCUGGACAUCAGCGGCGACAGCAGCCAGUGCAGACAGAUCAUUUCUAGUCUACCUCAGUGCCAUAGAAAUGUGUUCAACUAUGUGACGGCCUUCCUCCAAGAGCUGCUGAAACACUCGACACACAAUCGGCUGGACGCCGCUAUUUUAGGCCCGAUCUUCGCUGGUCUGAUGCUCCGGUCGCCCACAAAGCAAGAUCUCACAGAGAAAAGGAAGGUGAAGGAGUUUUUCCAGCAUUUCCUGGUCCAGACGCCCUCUGACAGAGACAUUCAUGAUAAAUCACCCGAAUAACCGGCUCCUUUCCUUAUUUCACAUGCCUAGUUUUUUCCAGGUAUCAGCAGAAUUAUGUCCAUAAAUUUUGUAGUUGCCAUUUAAUUCAAAGCAUUUUAAACCGUUAUUGAAACUAAUUGGUUUUAUUACAAAUCAGAUGGGAGUUUUUAUUUGAAAAAAAAAAGGUUAUUUAAUGAACUAUAUUUGUAUUUUCAAUGUUUGUAAAUACAAAACGGCUGUUAUUUUAUAUUAAAUCUAAACAAUCAUAAA